AUGCUCACCAGUGAUUCAGCUUUGAAGCUUGGAUUUCUAGGAGAAGAGAAUAUUUGCCACACUGUACAUUUGAAUCACUUUGUAUUUGUGCAUAUAGGUAAUAGUAGUGGAGAAUUCAACCAUUUCCCAGAAGACCCAGAGUUUGCCGAAAUUAUCCAGAAGGCUGAGCAGGCGAUAGAAAAUGGCGUCUUUCCCGAACGCAUCUCACAAGGAUCCAGUGGAAGCUACUUUGUCAAGGAUCCCAAAGGGAAAAUCAUUGGGGUAUUUAAACCAAAAUCAGAGGAGCCUUACGGUCACUUAAACCCUAAAUGGACCAAAUAUUUCCAUAAAGUCUGCUGCCCAUGCUGUUUUGGCCGUGGUUGCCUCAUUCCUAACCAGGGCUACCUCUCUGAGGCAGCUGCCUCACUCGUUGACCAAAAACUGGGCUUGAGGAUUGUACCCAAAACUAAGGUUGUGAAUUUGGCCAGCGAGACUUUUCACUAUAGUGCAAUUGACCGUGCCAAAUCCCGUGGUAAGAAAUAUGCACUGGAGAAAGUCCCCAAAGUUGGACGACGGUUUCACAGAGUUGGUCUUCCUCCAAAGGUGGGCUCAUUUCAGUUAUUUGUGGAGGGCUAUCAUGAAGCAGACUACUGGCUGAGGAAGUUUGAGGCAGAACCUCUUCCAGAGAACAUGAGGAAGCAGCUUCAGUCUCAAUUUGAGAGGCUGGUGGUGCUGGAUUACGUCAUCAGAAACACAGACAGAGGGAACGAUAACUGGUUGAUCAAGUAUGAGAAGCCGGGCGAUGGAGCGCUGACAGAGAAGGAAUCUGAAUGGACUGACCCAAAAGACUCGGCCAUACAGAUUGCAGCUAUAGAUAAUGGUUUGGCCUUCCCUUUUAAACACCCCGAUGAGUGGAGAGCAUAUCCGUUCCACUGGGCAUGGUUGCCUCAGGCCAAAGUGGCCUUUUCCCAGGAAACAAGAGACCUUGUGCUCUCACGCAUUUCUGACAUGAACUUUGUACAGGACCUCUGUGAGGACCUUUAUGAGAUGUUCAAGACGGAUAAAGGGUUUGACAAAACCAUGUUUGAGAAACAGAUGUCUGUUAUGAGAGGACAGGUAAGUUUUAUGCUUCGAGAUGAUUUUACAUUGUGCAUUCUCGGCUAUUCCAGAAAUAGUGUGUUCUCACAUGCUUCAUUCUCACUAAAUGCUGGAGCUCUUCAUAAUGAAAAAUUCACAGCUAACGUAUAUUAAUACACCCAGCCGGGAUGCUAUUUUCAGCCUGUCACAGCUGAGACUUAGACCUGAAUAUAGACCUCAGGUUUGCAAUGCCAAGGAAAAGGAUUGUGCCUCUAAAAUUGUAUUUUUUUUUUAAAUU